ACCAUGUCUGCCUCGACCGCUGCACACGGCGGGCUGCUGUGCACACAGAGAGCCCGCCUGCCGCAGCACGCCAGCCCCCUGUCUGAUCCCGACCACGCUGAACCCGCCGGUCUUCUCCUCCUGAUUCGUUCCUCCGGCUCCCGCCGGGAAAAGGGCUGUAGGUGUUGAGACAUCAGGUCGAGGAGGCGGGGGCUGCGAUUAAUCUGGCAGAUAGACUUCACAGUGAUCUUCUCCCCAGCGGCCCGACGGAGCAGGGCAGGCCAGCGCGCUGGGGGAAAAGAGUGGGGGACAGAUCUAAACGGACGAAUAUGAGUUCGUCCUUCACUUUUUUUUUUUGUCCACUCUCAAUUAGCAGUUCACUUUUGUCCUGCAGGGUUUCUGUGUAGGGUUCUCGAGACAGCUUGGCCAAGACGAGAAGCCAGCCUCAGUGCCGCCUGAAGCCGGGUGGAAAAGGCUCAGCCCUGGGCUCUCUAGAUGACAGGGCGGUGUGGUAGGGGCGUGCUUCCACAGCCCCUCAGCACGACACUUUAUUUAUAAAUCAGGAAUUCCAGGCAUGGAAAGUGACAUCAAGCCCCUCUGUCUCCCCCCUUCCCUAGAAAGCUCUCGGGUGCUGGAGGCUGUGCUGCUCCUGUCGCUGCUCUGGCUUUUUUUCAGGCCCAUCAUUUCAAUUGCUCCUUUUUCGUUUGUCUACGCCUUUUUAGCUCGUCGCCGAGACGCUUUUUUUCCCCCCACUUUGUGCUGACUGCUUCUGCGCGCUGCCCUCGCUGGAGUCCUGCCUGGCCGCGCGGCCGCGGCUCUUCGGCUGCCGUUGCGAUGCCUGCCGCCGCCGCCGCGCUCGCUCGGAUUGGUUCUGCAAGGCUGGGUCUGUGGUUGCCAGGGAAACCAAACAGGCUGUGGCCUAGCGGAGCCAGGCAGAGCCGAGGGCUGUCCUGCGAACCUCCCCUGCCUCGCUCAGCCGUCAAGUCGGACGGGGAAGGGAGGAGCUUGCCCCCCUCUAGUAGGAGCCGGGGAUUUUCCACCAGUAGGGGCCCUUCCUGCACGUACAGCCCCCUCUGCACUCUGACUCGCCCUCGCCAGGCAGCAGGAGAAAGAGAGGCAGCAAGAUGUCAUCCAACCCGAUCCCCAUCAAACAGAAGCCCAAGUCUCCCUUUCGGAAGAGGGCUAGCCUCCAGAACGCCAUCUCCCCGGAUCUGCGAGGCGUCUCCGGCUCGUACCCCCUCACCUCCCAGCGCUCCCUUCCUGGGACCCCCAUCUCGCUGAAGCACUUCCCCAUCGACCUGCGCACCUCCAUGGAUGGGAAGUACAAGGAGAUCGCCGAGGAGCUGUUCUCGCGCAGCCUGGCCGAGAGCGAGAUGCGGAGCGCCCCCUAUGAGUUCCCGGAGGACAGUCCCAUCGAGCAGCUGGAGGAGCGCCGCCACCGGCUGGAGAGGCAGAUCAGUCAGGAUGUGAAGCUCGAACCCGAGAUCCUGCUCAGAGCCAAGCAGGACUUCAUGAAAAUCGACAGUGCUGCUGAUCUGGAGUACUUGAAGGAGCAGAAUGAGGUGGUUAUUGAUCACAUCACAAAGGAGCGGGAGCUGUUGGCAGAGAGGGAGUACCAGCGGGUCGCCAUCUCUGGGGAGGAGCAGUGUGGGGUGCCCUUUACAGACCUGCUGGAUGCGGCCAAGUGUGUGGUGAAGGCCCUGUUCAUCCGGGAGAAGUAUGUCAUGCUGUCCAUGCAGAGCUUCUGCAAGACCACUGCCCGAUACCUGCAGGAGCUGGGGGAGAAGCCCCUGGACCUGCGUGUCUAUGAUGAGAUCCCCGAGAUCCCUGUGGCAGCAGAUGCCCCUGUGCACCCUCCUGUGUCAGACACUCACCCCUAUGAGAACCUGGACAUCCGAAACAUGCCCCCCGACAUGGGCUUUAGCUGCCAGAUGGUGAAUGGGGUGGUCCACAUCUACACCAAAACCAGCCCCAUGGACAAGAACACAGAACUGGAUCUGCCCUACCCAGACCUGCAGGAGUACAUCGCUGACAUGAACUUCCUGAUGGCCCUCAUCAUCAAUGGCCCCGUGAAGUCGUUCUGCUACCGACGGCUGCAGUACCUCAGCUCCAAGUUCCAGAUGCACAUCCUGCUCAAUGAGAUGAAGGAGCUGGCCGCACAGAAGAAAGUCCCGCACCGCGACUUCUACAACAUCCGUAAGGUGGACACACACAUCCACGCCUCAUCCUGCAUGAACCAGAAGCACCUGCUGCGCUUCAUCAAGAGGGCCAUGAAGAAGUACCCGGGCGAGAUCGUGCACGUGGAGAAGGGCAAGGGCCAGACGCUCAUGGAGGUCUUCGAGACCAUGAACCUCACGGCCUACGACCUCAGUGUGGACACCCUGGACAUGCACGCUGACCGAAACACCUUCCACCGUUUUGACAAGUUCAACGCCAAGUACAACCCCAUUGGGGAGUCCAUCCUGCGGGAGAUCUUCAUCAAGACAGACAACCAUGUAGAGGGGAAGUACUUUGGGCACAUCAUCAAGGAGGUGAUGGCUGACCUCGAGGAGAGUAAAUACCAGAAUGUGGAGCUGCGUCUGUCCAUCUACGGCCGCUCCCGGGACGAGUGGGACAAGCUGGCGCAGUGGGCGGUGAAGUACAAGGUCUACUCUGACAACGUGCGCUGGCUGGUGCAGGUUCCUCGGCUCUUCGAUGUCUACCACACCAAGAAGCAGCUAGCCAACUUCCAGGAGAUGCUGGAAAACAUCUUCCUGCCACUAUUCGAGGUCACGGUGAACCCGCGCAGCCACCCUGAGCUGCACCUCUUCCUGCAACAUGUGGUGGGAUUUGACAGUGUGGACGACGAAUCCAAACCAGAGCAUCACAUCUUCAACCUGGACAGCCCACUGCCAGCCAACUGGACAGAGGAGGACAACCCCCCCUACUCCUACUACCUCUACUACAUGUAUGCCAAUAUGGCUGUGCUGAACCACCUGCGCAGGAGGCGGGGCUUUCAAACAUUUGUGCUCCGCCCCCACUGUGGGGAGGCAGGGCCAAUCCACCACCUGGUGUCGGGCUUCAUGCUGUCAGAGAACAUCUCUCAUGGGCUGCUCCUGCGCAAGGCACCUGUGCUGCAGUAUCUCUACUACCUGGCCCAGAUUGGAAUCGCCAUGUCGCCGCUUAGCAACAACAGCCUGUUCCUCAGUUACCAUAGAAACCCACUCCCAGAGUACCUGUCCCGCGGACUGAUAGUCUCCCUGUCGACUGAUGACCCCUUGCAGUUCCACUUCACCAAGGAGCCUCUCAUGGAGGAGUACAGUAUUGCGGCCCAGGUGUGGAAGCUGAGCUCCUGCGACAUGUGUGAGCUGUCCAGGAACAGCGUGCUGAUGAGCGGGUUCUCGCACAAGGUGAAGAGCUACUGGCUGGGCCCCAGUUAUGUCAAGGAGGGCCCCGAGGGGAAUGACAUCCGCCGCACCAAUGUGCCGGACAUCCGCGUGGCGUACCGUUACGAGACCUUGUGCGAGGAGCUCAACCUCAUCACCCAGGCCGUGCGCACUGAGGAGCUGGACACCAUCGAGGAAGAGGACAGCCUGUCCAUGGCUCCUGUCCCUGGAGCGCGAUAAGAGCUCCCGUCAUGCAGUCAGCACCAGAAACCCUCCCACCUGCCCCCCCGACCCCAAACUGGCACGCCCCCCUCCAACCCCCGCCGCCCACACAGAGCCGAGACAGGAGGGUGUUGGUGCGGUGCCUGUGGGGUUCCCCAGAAUGUUCUCCUUGUUCAUGUUCACAGAAGAUGAAGAGGUCCUGGAAGGUCGUGUUUUUAUGCAGCUGUCUGUAUUCAAAGCCAAGAAAAUAUACGAUUCAGAAGUGGGCCUGUUGGCCAGCUGAGUCUGCCUUUAUUGUGGGGACGAUCAGGGUGAAGCUCGGGCACUGAGGGGCUUUGUGAAGGGCUGUGCCGGGUGUUUAAGAACUUCCUCCUUCUCCUUGACUGGGACAGGAGUCUGAUUCUCUCCUCAACCUCCACUCCUCUCUCACCAACUCUGCUUGUGUUAAUGACAAGGUUCUGGAAGGAAUUGAUCUUUUUCUCUGCAAAACAAAAGAGAAGACUGUAGCCUACUUUUCUUAUUUUUUGCCCUUUUCCCGCUAUCCUCUUUUUCUGCCAGAAAUUUGGCACUCACGGUUCUGGACACAGGCAGCUGAGAGUGUUCCCCUUGUCAACACAAUGGAUUGCUUGCAGCUAGCCUCUUUUCACACGUGCACGCUCACAGGCACACGUCCACUGACCUAUGACUUUGUGGUGACAAGAAGUUGCUGUGGGAGACAGAGGGGACCAUUCUAGUUCUCAUGUCAAGACCAAUACACUGCCUCACAUCCCAGGGCGAAAGCCAUGCACUGAGGAGAAAUUGUAUUGUAGAGAAACUUGCUGUUCUUUUGUUAGGGGAUUAAAAAUAAAUGUCUCAGAGUAUCUGCUCAGGGGUAAAGUGCUGUAAAGUGGAGUGACAGGCAUGGCGAAGGGAGAGGGACCAUGUUCCAGAGGAACCGGACUGGGACACAUUCCGUGAGCUGGAGUUUGGUACGACUGUGACCUGUUUUUUUUUAAUCGAAGAGUGUUGUUAAUUAUUGCAGAUGUAACAGAAGAUAGUUGUGUUGAGCAGCCCUGUGGCAAAGAGGGAGUAUAUGGGGUGACUGGGAGUUUGUACAGGUGGAAACGGGUAUGCUGUGUGAUACUCUCUGCGCUGGGCAUCGCCAACAGCGUGUUGUCUGUAAUGUGAAAAGGCCUGCAGAGCUGGGCAGUGCUGUGCCAGCCUCAUGAACACUGUGAGCCAGAGUUCUGACUGGGUUCUGCUUUUCAGUCUUUCAGCUGAUUGGCUUGGGCUGUGCUUGGUAACCUUUCACCUGGAAACACACUGUGGGACGAAGCUUGAAAAAUCAUGGAUUGAUUUAUUAGUAUGUUACUCCUUGAAGUGUCUUGACAGUUUUACGGUGCUGUAUAGCUUGGGGGCCCACACACACCAGCUGGGCUCUGCUUGAAUUGAACCCUUAACUGACUUAAUAACAGGUUCAUUUAAACUUUGACUGUUUUCAGAUCUUAAACAUGCAGGAGACAGCUGUCUUUUAACUACUGCGUGUCACAAGUGUCAUAAAAUCCCACACUUUUGAUUAAUAAAAUAACGUGAAAAUAUUUCAUUGAGUAACUCAUUGGUUCAGUUAAGGCUUCAGUUAGGUGAUGAAGCAGGGCUGCAGUGAGAGCCCAGCGGAGGUGUGUCAGCCUCCAGGACCAGGAUUGGAGCCCCCGCCGCACAGGACAGACUGAGGAGAGGGGUCCUGGAAAAGGAGGUGUUUUAGUUCCAUUUUUUGUGAGCUGCAGAGAUCCAGGGUGUAGUGUGGUCCCGUCAAUAUAUAAGAGAAUUCCCCCAGUGGUUUUCUUCUUGACAUGCUGCAGUGGUUAUUUGAAUUCACUGUGUGGGGUUUGUGAGUCGGCAAACUGAAACCAGACGGAAACCCCAAACUGAAAGGAAAACGUCAGCUGCUUGUGAGAACCUCACCUCUGCUGCUUGCCCUGAUCGUAGGCUGUCGCUUCUGCUGUGUUAGAUUGAGGUCCUGUGUGGUACUGUUCAGGCUGCCUGUGUCUCUUGUCCAGCUAUUGCCGGAGGAUGGGAAGUUCUCUGAUCCUCCAGCAGGGGGCGCUGUAUCCUUAUCCUAUAACAGUAUCCACUACCUAAGGACAAAAAUGUAAACCGUUAGAAAUCCCUGUGAAAACGCUCGCUGUGGUGUUAUACUAUGCAUUGAUUUUAACCUACAUUUGUUGUAUCUUCUUUUGGGUUUAUUACUAUUGUUUGAUUUUAAUUAACUUUUUUGUGUUCUUAAAUGUGUUAUGUUCUGCAGUCUAUAUCAAAACUGCCUAGUUUUUUUUUUCUGACUGCCUGCUAUAUAUAUAUCACAGUAUAUAAACAGAAGUGUUUUAUACUGAAGACAUCAGAGUGUACAGUAAGUCGUAGGGAUAGUUCAAUCUGACGUUCAUUGUAUUGACAGUAUCCCUUGUGCGGUACUACUUGAUGUCAAGUGCAAUUGGUCUCCGCCUAGUGGUGCACACUACGCACUGCAAUUCCUAUCUAAUUCAUUGUGCACUCAAGCGGGAAAUUUCAGCUCUGCUUCUGGGGUCGUCUAGUUUGUAUAGUUAUGUUUAGAUGCUUAAUUGAAGGUUUAGUUUAAUUACUGAUUUUGAUUAGCAAGUAAUUUUUGAUUAGUUUUGAGUGUAUUUCAAUUAUUAGCAAUUGUUUGGGAGUUCACUAGAUUAUUUUAAAAAAGUUUUCUUUCUUGCGUUCAUAAAGAGAUCAAACUCUGCAAACUGGUACAGUAAGUGUAACGUGGUUUCACAUGGGGACAGUGAUCAGCUGGCACAGCUGGCUGCUGGGCUCAGUUUUUAUUCAGUUGGCUGUGAAGGUUUACAUGUAUUGAGCCAGUCUUUAGUUUGUACAAAAUACAGAGUGUAUUUUUAUUAUAAGGUAAUAAGAAAUAUGAUUUAAAAUACUAAUAUCUAUAUAAGAGUUUAUUUGGUUGAUUAUUUUUAUUUGGUUGACCUUGCUAACUUUCACAAAGCGUUAAUAUGUGUCCUCUCCUCCAAAAUGUUGCUGGUGUUUGCUUAAAGCCAUUUUUGUUUUGUGAACCAUUUUUUGAAAGGUAAUUGUUUUCUAGUAAUAUAUAAAGACAAAGUAAUUGUGUGGAUGAAUCUGUCUCGUUUGACUCCUCAGCUGUCCUCUUUGACUGUCCAAAGGGAGCAACAUGUGGCCCUCCUAACACAUUCCACUGCAGUGCUUCAGGACAGCCAGGACUGCUCUGGCGAUGUACAGUACCAGUUGAGCAAGGUGCUGGCUAUAGUAAAGUUCUGUAAUGGAUUAGAUAGGAAGGGCUGCAAGUUGGGUGGUGUAGCUCUGGAAUGUGGUUGCUCCACCGACAGCCCUUCCAACCAACUCCAUGGCAGAGUUUUGCUGCCACCAGAACCUUGAUUAUUACAUGGAACCUGCUGCUUCUCAGCGAAAGAAUCGGAGGUGCUGGCUGUUGCUAUGUUUUGGCAUCGGAGAGGAUUCGAAAAAAAUACUACUGGAGUAGCUCAGUACUGGCUUCCUCCUGUAUAUCUGUUUUCUUUACCUCAAAUACUGCAGAGACUCGUCCUGGAAAAGUUGUGAUGAGGUGCUUAGGAGUGGGGGGGGUUAAGCUAGUAGGACAGAGGUGGGGGGGUCACUAAAGUUUAGCCUCCCGAAUAUGCAGAUAUACAUAAUCAGUGCUGAGAAGGGACGGGCUCUUAUCUCUAAAUCACCUGGAGCAGCAGCUCCCAAAUUCAGCAGCAGUGGGCCAUAGUCCUGAAUUCAUUCCUGCACCUGGACCGAUCUUAAUUGAAUCAUUAAGCUUAAUUGGAGCAGUUAAACAGAUUUCCACAGCUCUUCAGAUGCAGCUUACUUAAAAAGAGCUAGAAAACCUGCUGGAAUGUGAACCUGCUGGAAUGUGACCCUCCAGGAGGUGGAUUUUCCGAAUCCUGGAUUUUGUGGGACUGUGACUGAUGUCCCCAAGGGAACGUACCGACAGACGCAGAUGUCUCGGUUUGAGAAUUUGUGGAGAGACAAAAGAACAUGUUUCUGCUGGGAUCUUCCCAACGGCUGCUGUGAAAUCUGUGGAAAAAUGGCCAACAAAAUGUUUGGUCUUGUCCUCGGAUCCAGACAGGCAGGAUUUUCCUGUUGUGAGGUGGAAUUGCUGUUUUGGUUCAGGAUUCCCUUCUCUCUUUACAAAACCCCAUUGUCUUAUGUUUACUGUUUUGUGCGGAUUUUAAUCUGUGUAUCAGCGCAGCAGAAUUUGAGUUGGUUUGAAGCAAAAAAAUCUGUUUUAUGUAUAUAGUAUUGAAAUGUGAUGAUCAGCGUGUGGCAUUUCCACUUUGCAAAGUAUCCAUAACAGAAAUAUCCUCAUGUACGACUAAUCUUUUUUAAACAACAAGGAAGCUAGUAUUUCCUUCAUUUGUGCUGCAUGGUCCGAACCCAUCGGAUCUGGUGCCAAAGUGAAGAAGCCUUUGUCGGGCCUGCUGUCAUUCGCUCAGAUUUGCAUUUGUGAGCCUGUAUUGAUUAAGACUAUAUUGAUCCAAGGAAAGAGAAGAUCGAAAGACUGAUUGAUUGUCUGAAGCCUGGUUUGCCCACGUCCUGCAGUAAAAUGGACUUUGUAUAUUUUUCUUUUUCCACUCUUUCCUCCCAAAUCCCCCUGCUGCAAUCCUGGCAGUCCUGUGCUUUGUCUGCCUUCCUACCAUACGGAGACGUUGCUCUUGCAAUGUGGUUGGACAUACAGUAGUUCAAGGCACGAGCGUUCUUUCAGUUCACAUUAGCUAGUGAUGAAUCUGCAGUGAGGCACAGAGCAGUGUGAUUUUCCAAGACACCCCUGAUGACAUCAGCAGCCUGCAAGUCCGCUGUGCUCAUGGAAACCUGUCCCAGCAGUUUUACAUGAGACUCAGUGCGGCUCUGGGGGGUUUGAUCUUGAUAGAAUGCACAUUAAUGUUCUAAUUUCACUAGUUGAUAGCUUUUGUGUUUUACCACAUUUUUCAAUUCUUUAUUAGUUGUUUGUGACUGCUGUCUCUCUGUUGUUGGCUUAACCGAAUGCUGGUGUCUUGGUUAACACCCAUUAAAACAAUAAUGUUUCAUCAAUAAUAAAAUAAAGCAUGCUGAUUCACCAUG